CGGAGGAAAUGCUUCUGCUCAUGCUCACAAGAGCAAACAGCAUAUCAGUCACACUGCAGUUGAUGGAUGGGGAAGUCGUGAUGUGAUGCCACCUGCCUGGUGACUACGGAUGGCUGUUUGUGCCAGGCUCUGCGGAGUGGGUCAGUCGCGAAGGUGCCGGCGGCGACAGGGGCCGAACCAGCAGGGUCCGGGGAGCGAUUCCGACAUGGACGAGGAAGAAGAAGAGAGGAUCGUGGGCCAGAGACAGGGCGACGUCUCUGGCCGCGGCCUUGACAGCGGCAGCGCCGUCACUGCAGGGCCGAGUGACGCUUGUGAAUAUGGCAGCAGUCGUGUCAACAGAGGCGGUUUUCUGAGUCGCGCCAGGACUGGACCUCAACACCCGCAAACGUUAGCGGAACUACCGCCGGAGCUUUUAGUGGAAAUCUUGUCCCUGCUACCCGGAACAACUCUACCUAAUGUAGCCCUCGUCUGCAAGACAUUCAGGCAAAUCCUCAAUACCGAAACCGUCUGGAGAAGGCGGUGCAUUGAAGAGUUUGGCAUGAAGGAAGACCUGAGGAAGAUGGAAGUGGGACAAGUAUCUAGCAGGGACAUCUAUGUUAAACGUGUUGACCCACGAGUCAAGUCUGGGCGCUUUAUGAAACUCCUCCCUGACCACGAGCACAUGGACUAUAGAGAUGUGUACACGCACUUGCUUCACCCAUACAGACAUAUCUUGGGUUUAUGGCAGCCCGACAUAGGCCCUUAUGGUGGAUUGCUCAAUGUCAUGGUGGACGGGCUGUUUAUCAUUGGUUGGAUGUAUUUACCGCCUCAUGACCCCUGUGUGGAUGAUCCCAUGAGAAGACGGCCACUCUUCCGUGUCCACUUGUGGGAGAGCAAAAAGGCCACAGUGGAGUGCAUGUAUGGACACAAAGGUCCCCACAAAGGAGACGUACAGACCGUCAAGAAGGACGAGUUUUCAACUAAAUGUAAUCAGACGGAUCAUCACCGCAUGCCAGGAGGCAGACAGGAGGAGUUCAGGACGUGGUUGGAGGAAGAAUGGGGCCGGACACUGGAAGAAAUCUUUCAUGAGCACAUGCAAGAGCUCAUACUGAUGAAGUUCAUUUAUACAAGUCAAUAUGAUAACUGCUUGACAUACCGAAGGAUCUACCUUCCUCCCACAAUGCCCUCUGACCUGCUGCAGCCAGGCCUCUUCAAAGGAACCUAUGGCAGUCACGGCUUGGAGAUUGUCAUGCUCAGUUUCCAUGGAAAUUCUGCAAGAGCCACCAAACUCACCGGCGACCCCAACGUUCCUGCUGGGCAGCUCACUUUGGACGUCGACCUGACCCGGCCCAUUAUUCUCCCAGACUUGGAACAACAGCGCAAAAUAGAGGAACUGUCUCGCCUUGUACUGGGGAUACACGAGGAAGUGCAGCGAGAAGCAGAACAACGGGGCCAGGGCACCUCUUCCACAGUCAGCGGUGCAGCAGUGGGGGCGUGUGGUGGUGCCAACUCAGCGGAAAAGAUGGACGCAGAUCACGGUGCCUCGUCUGACAACUGUCAGUCCGGCCCCAGCAGCAGCAGCAGUCCUCCUGACACCCAGCCCUUUGUCUUGCCCCUGGGAGUCAUAGCUCGCAACGAGGUAUACCCUCGCACCUGCAGGAAGUGCUUCUAUGGGACUGGCCUGAUUGCGGGGCACGGCUUUACAAGUCCAGAGCGCACCCCGGGCCUCUUUGUGCAGUUUGAUGAGGACCGUUUUGGUUUCAUCUGGCUGGAGUUGAAGUCUUUCAGUCUGUAUAGUCGCCUGACGGACCAUCUACCCCACGCUCGAGCCCCAAACAUGGAGCGGUUUGAGGCCAUGCUGCACAACAUGCAGUCCUGGACAUCCUGAUGCACAGCUUUAAGUCUCCUCCCACCAAUACAAUACGCAACAACAACCAUCUCACACCAAUCACCUCUGUCGACGAUAUCACUAUCGUGUUAGCUCAUGCCCUUAACUCUCCAGGUUCUGUCUGUGAUUCACAUAAAUUGUGUUUGACUGUCUAAUGAAGCUAGUUAAUCACCCUGCGCUCCUGUUCCCGUACAAGAACCAGAGAAGGUCUCUCCCGCCAACAUUUAUCCCCUCACAUCCCUGUGAAUCCCUUAAUCCUCCAGUGCAGCAUGAAAACAGGUCACAAGUUCAAUUUUAAUUUAUUUAUUUAUUCCCUGCAGGAGGAAAACAAUAUUUCUAACCAUUAUUAUGGAUCAUACUGUAUGUGCCUCUGACCCUAAAACCAUGUCUGUAUUUAGUAGUGCUUGAAGAUAAAGGUGUCAAAUAUAUUCAAAUAUAUAAAGUAUUAAUGAUCAUUUCAUUGCCCAACUUGUUGAACUGCAUGCUGCAUUUAAUUUAGAUAUUAUACUACACUCAUAAACAUUAUCUGGACAUGAUGUUUUUAUUUGAAGCAGCAUGCUUUGAAUUUUUUGUUUGUUUGUUUGUGUUUUCCUUUUUGAGACAUCAGGAUUUAGAACAAGCAGCAUCUCAGGUGUUCUUUAUGUCCAUGAGAAAACAUAUGAAGCAACAUUCAUUCCAUCGAUUUGUCCGAUUCUGUUUCACAACCGGGUCAUUUUUGCCAACCAUCGGCAAUAAAGAACAUGCUGCCUCAUGCUUAUCUUAACAUGCUGUAGUUGGGCAGAUUGCCGUAUUACUUUUGUCCUUUAACCUGAAGAGAUAUCUCUGAAGGACCAUGAGCCAGAGCUACAUCCAACACAUUUUCAGUCACACCAAUAUUACGUAAAUUGGAAUGAGGGAUUGCAAUAUCACAUACACACACAAAAUGUACAUACGCUGGAUUUAAUCAAAAUCAUAGUCUGUAUAAUUAUCUUGUAUAAACACAGUCUAACAUAGAAACAUGUACCAUUUCAAAUGUAUUUAAUUUGUGGUUUAUUAAAAUGGCUGGCACUUUCUUUGCCUGACUUCA